UGUUGAUUUGGUUAAGUAAUAAGUAGCCCGUUAUAAGCAGCGGCUCGUUUGCAAGGUUCAAAUAAACCUCCACAUAUCAAUAACAUCCUCAUCAGAGAUUCAGAGUCUGAACUACGCGCCAAAAAUCUCAGAAUCCAACUACACACGUAAAUGCCAGUUCAUCGAGCAAUGCCUUCACUGCUUCUCUGUCUUUUCCUGAUCAGAAUCGAUCAUCAGACACGAAUCCCAGUUUGUUUAUGAAAACAUAUGCAGCCGGCCAAUCACGGAGAGGGAAAGAGAGUGAGUUCAGUUUCGAGUAAUGGAGGGUUCUUCGAUGGUGCGCCAACAAAUGAUACAGUUCCUGCUCUUCUCCUCUGCUCAACUUGGUGUUCGUCCAAUUGUAAAGUACACGGCGUUAUCCUUGUAUGCUGAGCGGUUCUACCCUUCUCUUAACAAGUUGUGGUUCUAGGAAAGCUAGGUUUAUGCGGGACAACAGCAAAAGAAAUUGGCUUUUGCAACCUUUCAGGGAGAGCAAUAUGCAACUUUUUGCCCUCAUUUCUUUAUGGAUCUCAAGCAAGAUUCAUGAAUCUUGUCCUCUGUCUGUUAAAAGUUUGAAGUCUUUGGGAGAUGAGAUUAUUGGGGAACAACAUUUUACCAUACGCGAUUUCUUGGAAUCAGAGGUGGUCUUUAUGCAGGUGUUGGACUUUGAGAUUGGUGUUUCAAAUAUUGCUUUUUUAUUCCUGGAAGAUCUUUUAAUUCAGUUCAGGGAGCUAGCAAGAGUUGGGGAACUAGUGAACUUUGAAACAUGCAUGAAUAUCAUGGAUCUUCUUUACGAAACAGAGGAGACAUCAUCACUUUAUGCAUCUCCUUGUUCUCUUGCAGCAUCUAUCUUGGUGGCCUCAUAUGUUAUAACAGUACCUAAGCAGCAGUGGGAGUUUCCACUUCUUCCAUGGGUGAAGUUUGUGACUUCGUACAAGGAAGAAAGCAUUGAAAAACUGGUUAGAACCAUUCUUGAGCAUGUAUUGAAGGACCAUCUCUUGGAGAAGAAAUCAGUCUUGGAGGAAAAGGUAUGAUAACUUUGUUCAAAGGUUCAAGCUAUAUAGGGAUCAGAUCAAAUCAAGAGGAGACAUGAGAGUUGAGACAUGACAUGAUUGAUGAAUUGGGCAUGAACCACUUUAUCAGGGAUGGAAGUAGGGUUAGAUCCUCUAUACAAUGAAAUGAAGAACGUGUGAUUACAGUCACCUGAGACAUUUUAAUAAAUGCAUUUCAGGACUGUCAAACACUUUAAGAUGGUGGACUCCACCAUACGGCCACUUGAUGCCUUUACAAAGUCAUGCACUUCUACUGGGUUUCUCCAAGGUUCUGGGCUCCACCACACACACCAUUUAAUGCCUUUACAAAAAGCUAUGGAUUUCUACUCGGUCCCCUCCCCCAUCCUCUCUCUUUUUGUGUGUGUAUGUUCUGCUUUUGGGUGUUUAAGGUAGCUGCCAUUGUUUUUGGUUGGAGGGACUCUGGACAAACUCAUACAAUGAUUGAUUGAAAGUUUCGGCA